AUGUUUAUAACGUCGAAAAAGCGUCGUAGAGUGGUUUACAUUGCCUCGGAAAGCUUAGCUAAAAUCUCUGCGCGCUUACCGUCCAAUCGCGGACGCGCUGUGCUCGUGCACGGGCUGGCAUCUUCGCUCGGACUAUUAGCGAAUCUCGCUGGAACUCGCGAUGCCGCGCACGAGGAGCACGACGUGGAUGACUUGGCAGAGGAUGAGGACUCGGAAAGUGGCGGGGAUGAAUCAACAAGCAUACGCGUUCUUCGUCCUGAACUCGCAGCGGAGGAUGACUUGCUCUCGUUCCAUGACACCGACCUCGUUGAGCGACUCUUAUCAGGACAAGAUGCCGAACCAAACGACGCAGGGUAUGGACUCGAGGAUGAUUGCGCACCUUUCCCUGGGAUGCGGGAGUAUGUCCUGGCUGUAGCCGGCGCAUCCCUCGCCGCUGCCCGUGAACUGGUCGAAGGUCGGGCAGAUGUGAGUAUCUGCUGGGACGGAGGCCGACAUCAUGCACAUAAGUCCCGCGUCUCUGGCUUCUGCUACGUGAAUGACUGUGUACUCGCCAUCCUCGCUCUCCGUCGCCUUCGACCACCGCCUCAUCCUCCAGCCACAACAGGACCCUCGAUAUCGCGCCCGAAACUGGAGCGAGCACGAGUGAUGUACCUUGAUUUGGAUUUACACUACGGUGAUGGCGUCGCCGGUGCAUUCUGCGGCCCGAACCGUGCCAAAAGUUCCAACGUAUUGACAUUGAGCAUACACCACGCUGCUCGGGGCUUCUUCCCACUUGCGCCAUGUACGCCGGACCUGCUCUCCUCGGAGCCGACGCACGCAGCAAGCGGAGCGGGCCCACUUGCAACCGAAGACGACCCAUACUCGCUGACUAUUCCUCUUCACGCCGGCGCUUCAGCACGCACAUACGCGGCGAUCUGGCCCGGCGUGGAAGCCGUAGCGCAUGCAUUCGUACCGCACGCCGUUGUAGUGCAGUGUGGUGUCGAUGCGCUCGCGGGAGAUCCGUGCGCAGUGGGAAACUGGUGCUUGGGAGGGGAAGGCGGUUUGGGUUGGUGUAUUCGGAGGGUCAUCGAUGAGUGGGGGUGCAAGGUGCUAUUGCUCGGUGGCGGAGGCUACAACUCGCCGAACGCGGCGCGGGCAUGGGCUUACUUGACCUCCAUCGCCAAGGGAGAACCGCUCUCGCUCGAGACGCAUAUACCGGAUCACGCUGCGUUCCCUGCGUACGCACCGAGCUUCACCCUUGACGUUCCUGCAGGAAACGCGCGCGACCAGAACGACGAGGCAUACGUGCAGCGCCUGGCAGAUGAACUCGGGAAUGCGGCUGAAGUUCUUCGCUCGCGUGGGGCAGGAGUCUAG